UUGUCUAUAAAGUUAAUAUGUAAUUUUUUGAAAAAAUUAAAUGACUCUUUCAAACUUGCCUCAUACCGUUCAUGAGACCAACAUCAUUUGCCAUGUUAGUAGGUAUAAGUGAACUAAAUGACAUGAACUAUAUUUCAGACCUGUAGUUUGUUCCCAAGGGCUAAAUUGAUACAAUGUUCCAUUUUUCAUCUUGUUUCUGUUCACUUUCUCUUGGCAACAUUUCAAAAUGAAUCCAAAUUUGGUAAUACAAGUCACGUGAGAGUAAACUGUCCUGUAAUUGGUCAAAGCACAGACGCUUCCAGGAUUCUGGAAUAGAAAAAACCCUCAAAAGUAAAAACGUCUGUCAGAAAAACACACUGGAAUGUUGCUUUCUGAGAAAAAUGCACAAAACUUCUACCCAUCUUAGCCAUUUUUUUGUCAACCGUUGUGAUGACACACACUGCCUCGAAUCAAAUGAUAGAUGCAACACUUGGUAUCUGUUGGUUCUGGCUACAUUUUUCGUUUAGCUGUGGUGUUGUCGUCGACGUGUGAGAGGCGCAGCAGAAAUAACAGUGAGCCCUUUGUCAUCCUGACCGUUAUCAAACUGAAGCAUCUGCAUGCUGAACUUCCUCCUGCAGAUGACCACAAAAAACACACACACGGUCACUAACAUGCAUGCAGCAUAAAGGCGCAGUAUGUGCAGUGGCCUUGGGAAAAACACGCUAAUUUCCGCAUCAAUCCUGUAGGAAAUUAACUUUUUGAGGAUGAACAAAUGAUGGCAGUCAUACAUUACCCCAGUCUAAGUCAGUACACUCAAAUGUGCUGUGUUAUUGUUGAGAGCUUCUGUGUAACAUGAAUCUGAGAGUUUAAUCCAUGCAGGACAGAUAUUGCCCUUGGUCACCCGUUUUCUGGCUUCAUAUGCCACAAUGUACUCUAUGCCACAUUUUGACUUUGCACUCUGCAUGUUCCAAUCGCCUGAAUGUGCAGCCAAAUAUAGACAUGAUCAAUUCAAAUACAGAGACAUAUUACUGCCCUAGAAGCAUACGGAGCAUACAAGUAUGGUUGCCGCAGCGCCUCAUCAAGUAAAUCAAACCAUCAGCAUAGCAUGUUGCUUAUAGCUUUGUAGUCCGGUCAAGGGCGUUAAAGGGCGUUGCAUAAAGGGCGUUGAAACUCUGUUUCUGCUUUUGCCCACUGGAUACUUUGCUGCUUCAAAAAGAUUUGAUUAUUUUAAGUAGGACAAUAUGUUCUGAAUCAUACACUGCAGAAUACUAUAGCCCAGUUUCACAGACAAGACUUAGCUUUAGCCAGGAGUCAGGACCAGUGGCGGCCGGUCAAUAGGGGGCGCUGCCCCCUUAAAGUUAUCCAGAAAAGAAAGCUACUUUAAUAUGCCAACAAUAAGUUUAAUAUAUAUCGCAAAUUAAUAACGUAAUAAAAUAAUUUAGUCGUACUAUUCCACCGUUAGUCAUAUUAUCAUUUAUUAAAAAAUCAAAAAAUCAAAAUUGUAUUUUGUUCAUACGUGUGCGGGGCGCCGGACAAACGAGUGUGCAUGUAGGCACGAACAUUUUUGAAAAGCAUGUGAUUUGAGGCUGAGCUCUAAUUGGCUUGUUUCAAAUCGUCCUUGGGGCGCAGCACUCUGCGCCCCAAACCCUCCCACUUUUGUUGUAAGCGAAUCAAUAUUGUUUUUAUAUUUUUGGCCUCAUGUGAUUGGACCGUUCUUAAGGCCUCUCAUUACCGCUCAGCAGAUUGUCAUUUGACUGACAGGUACUGAUUAACGUGGAAGCAAGCGAAAUUAUCUCGAGAUGAAAGAAAAUUCGGUUUUAUCUUUACAAGAAUACCCGUUCCAAAGGCGUUCAGAUGAAGAAAAAAAACGGAUCAAGGAGCUUGGACCAGAUCGACCCAACUUGCAAAUUCAGCAGCAGUCAAGUGAUCGCGGUGCACUUCUUAUGGAAAACGGAGUUGGCUAGCUGGAUGCGAUGUAAGUCAUGCCUUUUAUUGUUUUCCCUGUUUGCUGUUUCAAAGUCUUGGCACCAAAACGUUGUGGACAACAACAGGGGUUUGCGAUUUAAAACAUCUCUCUGAUAAGUGCAAGCGACAUGAAAGUAGCCGCAGCCAUCUUGACAACGCUAUGAGGCUCCAGUUUUUUGGGAAGCUUAGCAUUGCUGAACAGCUAGAUGAAGGCUACAGGAUUGGCAUUAGAAGGCACAAUGAAGAGGUCACAAAAAAUCGACACAUCCUGUCUAGAAUAAUAGACUGUGUAAAAUUUUGUGGCGCAUUUGAGCUGGCUUUGCGUGGCCACAAUGAGAGCGAGAGCUCAGAUAACCCCGGGAUAUUCCGUGGCUUGGUCGACUUUGUUGCUUCUCUUGAUGGAGUUUUGAAAGAGCACCUCGAGAAUGCCUCUGUGUUUAAGGGAACUUCGAAAACCGUGCAGAACGAGCUGUUGGACUGUAUGUUGUCUGUUAUGAGGGAACACAUAAUCCAAGAAGCACAAAACAGCGAUUUUCUAUCAAUCCAGGCCGACGAGACCACCGAUAUUGCCACACAGUGCCAACUUGUGCUUGUGCUGCGCUACAUUGAUGGCAAAAGCAACGUACAGGAGAGGUUUUUUGCUUUUAUUCAUCUGCAUUCAACUACAGCUGAUUCCAUCGCUACAGCACUAAAAGAGCAUCUUACUGUCAUCCUUCCAGAGGAUCAGAAGAGUAAACUCAUCUCCCAAGCGUAUGAUGGAGCCAGCGUGAUGAGAGGUGCCACUGCAGGUGUUCAAAGGAAGAUUCAAGAUGUGUACCCAAAUGCCCAUUACAUCCACUGCUAUGCUCAUCAGCUCAAUCUAAUAAUGCAAAAGGCCACUUCUCACAUACCCAAAGUUAGAAUUUUUUUUUCUAACCUUGGAGGAUUUGCCAGCUUUUUUUCAAGAUCACCCAAGCGCACAGAUGUUCUUGAUAAAGUAGUUGCCCAUAGACUACCAACAUCAAGCAGUGUUAGAUGGAACUUCCACAGCCGUGCCAUCAAUACAGUGUUUGAGCACAGAGAGGGCCUCAUUCGCUGUUUUGAAACUAUUCGAGACUCAGGUGACUUUGACCCUGUUACCACCAGAGAGGCAGGAGGCUUUGCCAUGCUGCUGGAGGAUCAGGAUUUUAAUUUUUUUCUGCAACUUUUCCACAACAUCAUGCCACACGUGGACAUCCUCUAUGCCAAACUCCAGAAGAAGGACAUAGAUUCAGUCCACAUUAAGGGGAGCAUCCAGCAGUUCCAGCAGGACAUACAGAAGAUCAGAAAUUCUCUCCAUUCUCUGGUUAACCAAAGCAGUGAAGGAGCUUCUCAACCAAAGAGGCGGCGGUUGCUUAGUCCAGACGUCCAUGAACGGAUUGCAACAGAGGUCUGUGACACCAUACUCCAACACACCAUGGAACGGUUCUGCUUCACAAGCCACCUCGUUAGUGCCACCCUGCUGCAAGCAGACAGGUUUGAACAGUACACAGUGGCGUUUCCUGAAGAUGCACUGAGUAGGACUUUGAAGGCCUAUCCAGUGCUCAAUGGGAGUAAGCUAAAGACAGAGCUUAGUCUCAUCUACUGCAAGGAAGAGUUCAGAACCUGUUGUGGUGCUGUGGACCUACUGCAGCUGUUUAAGGAGAACAAUCUUGAAGAAGUCUUUUCAGAGACUGUCACUCUCCUAAAGAUCCUCAUCACCACACCCAUGACCACAGCAGAGGCUGAGAGGUGUUUCUCAACUUUGAAAAGAGUUAAGACUUUUCUGAGAAAUAGCAUGACCCAGGAGAGACUAAAUGCAUUGGCCAUGCUGUCAAUGGAGAAGAGAAUGGUGACUGAGAUCAUUGACUUUAACCAGAAGGUCAUUGAGAAAUUUGCAAGUCAGAAAGAAAGGAGAGCAAAAUUUAUUUUCAAAUAGUGUUAAUGGCCAAUGAUUAGGUAACUAUAGUGUGUUGUGUUUUUUUUAAUGAUUACCUUGAUUACUUCAUUACUGAUAAUAAACCCACAUUCAAUUCAAAUUCACUGAUUCAUAGUACAUUUAUUUGCAUGUAUUAACAUUGACUGUAAUAA